AUGCCUCCGGACAGGAAAUUGAAGGUCAUUAUCGCGGGUGCUGGUAUUGCCGGUCUCUCCGCGGCAAUUGCCCUACAACGGCUCCCUUAUCUGGAUGUUGAGUUGUAUGAACAAGCACCCGAGCUGAAGGAAAUCGGAGCCAGCAUCGCUCUCAGUCCGAAUGGACUUCGCACCCUGGAGAAGCUUGGUGUUUUCAACGCCCUUGGUGACGAGGUCGCCUUCCGUGGCCCCAGCGGCGUUCCGAUGAUCUACCGCCAUUGGAAGACAAACCAGAUCGUGCACCAGGAGCAUUUUGUGGACGUGCCAGUCCAUCGCCACCAGACGGCCAGGUUUCAUCGCGGACACCUGCACGCAGCACUGCUGCAGCAUGUCCCAUCGGAGCAGAUUCAUUUGAACAAGAAAACUGUUUCCGCAUCUGUAGAUUCGGAGAAAGCAGCCUUAUUCUUCGCCGAUGGUACUUCUGUCCAAGGGGAUAUCUUGAUCGGCGCAGAUGGGAUUCACUCGAAAGUUCGCCAAUCCUUCCUCCCAGACCACCGCCCGAAAUGGACGAACAAGGUCUUCUUCCGUUCAACGUUUGACACAUCCUUGGUGGAGGGUAUAUCUGACUUACCGCGGGAUUCGGCGCACUGGUGGGGUCCGACUGAAAACUUCUUCGCAUCUCGACUUGGGAAAAAUCAAUACACAACUGUUGCCAACUUUGAUGUCACAGACAUUCCCGAGAAAGUGUCAAAGAAUCUGGAUUGGAACGCUGAGGGAAACGUGCAGUUCCUGAAAGACAAAUUCAAAGAUUGGAAUCCGGUCGUUCGGGCUCUAAUAGAUGCAACUCCUUACACUCGCGUCUAUCCCAACUUCGCAGGGGAGCCAUUGCCCACAUGGAUCUUCGGAUCCCGCGUGACACUCGUCGGGGAUGCAGCGCAUACACACGGCGGGGCAUUCGCUGCGGGAGGAUCGCUGGCUAUCGACGACGCAUAUGCAUUGUACCUGGCAUUCAACCAUGUCUUCUCAGUGAAUCAAGCCGAUUUCGCAGCGGGGAGGAUAGAACAUGCUCUGAGGCUAUACGAUAAAACACGUCGGCCACAUACAGAGCGGCUGUUGAAUAUCGUCAUUAAGGGUAUCGGUCAAGCACAGGUUGAGCCGUCUGAGAGUGCGCUUGUGCACCGAUUCAAGAAUAAGCCUGACACGACCUGGCUAUCGGAGCAUGAUGUAGAGAAGGCUUUUACAGAUGUGGUCAGUCGGGCUGAUGUCCCAGGCCGGGCAAGCAAGAUAUGACUCUCACGGCUAGACCGUGUAUAUAAGCAGGCAUCAAACAAUCCGUGAUAGACACAAAAUCAAACUCUAUGGACAAUUCGAACCCACCCGGCGCCUAGGAACGAGCUCGGCGGGAGUACUGUCAAGAGAAUUCGGCCGCAGCACCAACCCAGCACAUUUCUACUGUCGCGGCACGGGUUUUCUUGCCCUUGUGGCUAUUACUGUGAUGUGUCUUGCUCAUAUCGAUCCUUGUAGCAGCGGCGGCAGCAGCUCAGCCGAACCCGGGACUGGGACAAUCUUCUACUUAACCGCGCACAGCUGCCCCAGCGACCGCGGCAUGACGGGGCGCACGCUUACGAUCAUUGAAAUAUGGCUUGCUCUGGGAUGGACAUGAUAGCGCCGAAACUAACUACGAUCACCCACCGUCUGCGGGCAAUGGAGGCCAACGCAGCUACCGGAGCAAUCUACAGCAUGAGCUCGUCUGGACCUGCAGACGAGGAGCUCGCGAGUGUGACGGUACCGUGACGAACGGCGGACAGGGACUGCAUCCCAGUUUUGGGACGAUUGGGUUCAAGGUGGGCUUCGCGACUAUAUCCCUUCCCGGGCACUUGAUUGAGAUGGACCGUCAACUUCCUUUUUGGGGAGGUUUUUCGCAAUGAAUGGGAGCUGCAGGGCCUGGAUGUUGCUCUGUUUGAUGCCUUUUUUGGGCAGUUGGCUUGAGUCAUAAAGGAGGCUGAGCACGCACUCGAUUACCCAUGUCGUAUAUGUAGCAUGAAUGCUCCAGGAACCUGGGAAAUGUUUCCUGAUCAGGUUCAGAAGUGCCGAUAGCACGGUAGAUAUUUACUCCACUUCUAUCUUGAGUAUAUACAGAGCAUAUAUGGACAGGCUAUACAACCUCCCUGAGAAUCCCCGAAAGAGCCACAACCUCCCUCUCCACCAACGGACCAACAUACUCCUUAUGCCCACGAACAUAGUACCAGAACACACUGAACAGAAUCACGCCACCCGUGACGAGAAUGCUGUAGUUCAUCGUCGACGCAGUGACCUGCUGCGAGGGCGGCCAGACGCUCCAGAAGAUAACGAAGAUCAUGUACAGACAUGCGUAGGCGUUGUUGAGGGUGCCGAGGAGACCCGGGACUUUCCAGGGGCCCCAGAAGAGCUGGCCCGGUGCGUAGGCUAUCAGAUCCGAGUUGCUGUUGCUGUUGUUGUCGUUGUCUUGUUCAUCCGGUUGUUGGGAGGUGGAGGGGGAGGGGGAUGUCU